AUGGUCUCUACACGACACCAUCCCCAGGAAUUUUCCACACCUGAUCGCCCGGGGAAAGAGCUUGUCAAGUCGCCUCCAGCUACCACCAGCGCCAAUUCACGCAAAUGGACUCAUACGCCUGCCGCCGCGCUGACAAUCUGGCUCAUAAUAUCAGUUCCCCUAGUCCUUUGGGACGCAGGUUAUGUAUUGUUGCGACCGUAUAGUAUGCCUGGUGGAAGACUGCACUCCCCAAUUUGGACGCCGUAUGCGCUGUACGGAACCAUUGACUAUAUCUACGGCUGGCCCGCCUUCAAUGCACACAAUGGCUUCACGGCUGCGCAGACCAUUCUCAACCUCGCGGAGACCAGUGGAUAUCUCUACUACCUCUGGGUCGUGUAUCGCCAUGGGUCGACGGUUGUGAGAAGUGGCGGGUCACGAAAGAUCUCGAAGGGAUUCAUGUGGCUGCUGACAGGCGACAAGGUGGUUGCUGGUCGCAUUGGUGCGAUUGCGCUUCUGGUCGCCUACACUGUGUCUGUCAUGACUUUGAGCAAGACUAUUCUCUACUGGCUCAAUGAGAUCUGCUCUGGGUUCGAGAACGUCGGCCAUAACAAGCCAUUUGCUCUUAUUCUCUACUGGAUCAUUCCCAAUGGCUUGUGGAUUGUAUUCCCCAGCUACAACAUCUAUACUCUUGGAGGUGAGAUUCUCAACUCGCUUGAGCUCGCGACACCACGUAUGAAGGUCGGUCGCCCGAGAUCUACCUAG